GAGGCGGAUUUCAAUGGUAAGCGCGAUCGUGGUUUGUUUGGCGGGCGAAGAAAAUUUUCGGGAUUCUCGGUGGGAAAAGGAGUGCCGCAAGGAUGUGUACGCAGGGGGGACUAGCGAGUUUCUUGGGUGUAUGUCCUUCGAUGUUAAGCAUGUCAUUGAAGAGGAAAUCAGUGGAUCGUUCCGUCUCCUUCCCCAAUCCACUGGCCGAUCUACCAACCAACCCAUAACAAACGCCCGAUCUGACAGCUUCGGCGAGCCGACGACCGGAAACGCCCGAACGUGGCCGAAGAUGUACGAGCGGCAGUGCAACGUCGACGAGCUGAUAAGUCUGGACGACUUGGAGUCCGAUUUGGGCAAACCGAGUGACAGGACGGCGUUGACCGAGCAACAGAAGUACGCCGAUGAGAAUUUGUUUUUGAGAUACUUGGAACUGGAUCCGACAGAAGGCCCUGAUGCCAACUCGGCUGCGACUCAACGAAAAGCGACUGGCAACAGGAAUGGUCGCACUCCAUUCACAUGUACCAAACGGCUCACCAAGUCCCCCAAAACCGGUUUCGGUUUUUCGGUGGUUUGGACUCACCCGCCCCGUAUAGAAAGGGUGGAAAAAGGGUUGCCUGCCGAUAGGGCGGGAAUCCUGCCCGGCGAUUACGUCAUAUUUGUGGACAAGCAUAAUGUCGUGAUGAUGCCGGAAAUUGAUAUUUUGAAUCUGAUACGAUCGUACGGCAGUCAAUUAACCCUCGAGAUAUUCAGGCGCCACCCUUCUAGGAACGGUUCCCUGCCCAGCGUGAAGCGACCCUCCACCGACCAGUCGAGUGGGGGCGGCAUCCCUCUAAUUCCGCCGCCCCCGACCGGCUGCCCCAAUCCGCCCCUGCGCAGGCCGUCUACAGUGUGUUCGGCGAAUACCGCGUCGCUGGAAUGCGCCAGGCGGCGGUUGAACCUGCCCCAGGUGACGUUCAGCAGCGAGAAACAAACGAACAAUCCGGAGGAAAACAGAAGGAAAGCAAUGUAUCAAUUGAUAAGCAAAGAGCAACAAUACGCGACAGGAUUGCAGUUCGCCAUCACUAGGUUCGUUUCAGCGUUAGCUGAAAGAAAAGAUCUCAUCACAGCGUCUGAACAUCGAAUACUGUUUCAAAAUUGCGAAGAGAUCCUUCGGAUAACAGAAGACAUCCUGGAUCAACUUAUACAGGACGAUGGGGAACCGCAGCUACAUCAUCUAGCGAGGAUCUAUCAUUCUAAAAUGCAUGAUAUAACGACAGCAUAUAAGCGCUAUUGCUCAGGAAUUCAAAAAGCCGACUGUAUUUUAGCUAGUAAGACGAAAAACUCGAACUCGGACUUCGUCAGGUUCCUGCAAGUGCCUCAGAUACCUAGACGAAGGCCAGACAUUACAUCUUUCAUCCACAAACCCCUAGAGCACUAUAGAGAAGUGCUGAGAUUGCUGACUGCAAUUCAAAGUAACACCAAACCGGGUCAUAAUGAGUUGCCUGUGAUAAACCAAAUUAUACAUGACCUACAGUUAACUUAUAGGGAAAUUACUUCUGAAGCUGGACUGAUGGAGCCUUUAGGAGAAGGAAGGCCCCUUUUAACAGUACAAGACUUAGAAAAUAGAUUAGUUUUUACAAAAUGUAAGCCCUUCGUACUGAACAAACCUGGUAGACAAUGGAUAUUCGGUGGCGACCUCAGCAGGAUAGAAGGGAGAAACGUCAGACAGUAUUGGACUUUGCUCUUCAGCGAUCUUCUUCUGUUUGCCAAAGCCUCCCGAGAUCGUGUUCUGUUCGUCACCGAGGAUCCCCUACCUCUAGCUCAUGUGCAGGACGUUUUUUUCAAUGUUAGGAAAAAAGAUACUGAAUUUAGGAUAACAGUGAAUCCCGAAGGGAAGGGCGCGAAGAGCCCUACAGUCCACUGCGGUCCUGAUCUCAGCAGGACUCCCAGGAAGAAUGCCAACAAAAAAACUGUGAUUUUGAGAGCUCCCAAUCCCGAACUGAAAGCUGUUUGGCAAAACUUGCUACAACGACAAAUCUUCAUCUCCAACUCAGGCAUGGACGGCAGCUCUUUUAGCUCUCCGGUAGAUUCCCCGGACGCCCCUGCGACCCUAUCGGCCGGAACCCUACAUUCUACAGAGUCUCUGCGGCCUCAGCCUCCCAACCUGACACGAAACUGUCAAAAUGACUGUCCCGAUAAGAACGAGAUCCAGAAACAUAUAGACGCCAUGAUAGAUUUGAAGUGCAAACAGCUCGAUCACACCGAAUUCAACGACAAAUACAACUCGGUGCAUUUGGAGCAAUGGAUGAAGGGGGAAUUAAACGCCGAAACGAUGCCAGCAAGUCCGCCGGACCUGGAACCACUCCUGGAAGACUGGACAGAGGAAAUGGUUCGAAUGAGGUCCGAGGAGCUGCAGCUGGUCGACGCCGAGGGCAACCUGAAGAGCAAGGGGGACCUCAGAAGGAAUGAGGGAACGUGUGAGGAGGCCAGCACGUGUGACCUUGAACACAGUCCGUCCAAAAGCACCACUACGGAAAGCCAAGUUACUGUAAGAUCGAGCCCUUUGGUACCAGAAACCGUACCAGUUUGUCGACAAUGUCACAAGAAUUGCCUUAGUAGUAACGGAACAGUGAACAGUGUACAAAAUUUCGACGACUGCAAUAGCAAUAGAGCAAGCGACACUAGGCUAGACAAUAUGGACAAAGAUAAGAAUCAGAACAAAGAUGACAGCUGGCAAACUUUUUUUCUAUUAGGAAUGAUGUCCAAUCCAGCUGCGACCCUAGUGAAUAUGGAUCCGUUUUCUAUGCCUGCUGUGCCCCAAAUUUCGAUCGUUUCUGCUACCCCAGAGAAUUCAAUCACGAGAAGUGCAUGUUCUGAUGAUAAAAUUGAAGAAAAUUCCUGCCAGUGCCAGUACCAAAAUGAUAGCUCAUGCAACGAUCCUCAAGCCAAUCAAAUCCAUGAUGCCUUCUCCAAUGAUCUGGAUAAAUCUCCAGACGAUUCCCCUGAAACGGAAGAACAUCCCUAUCACUCCCUUAGCAGCUCAGUAGCGACCCUUCGAAGGUACGGCACCAUGUCGAGCUUGGAGAGGGUCGAAUCGGAAGAAAAAGAUGAAGUGUAUGAGAACAAUAUUCCAGAUAGUGACGAAGACAAUGAUGCCGAUGUGGAAGAUGAUGAAGAAGGAGGAAUCGAUAAUGCCGCUUUUAAUCAUUCUUCAUCUAUCAGACAUUGGACUGCCAAAGCUGGAUGCUUUGUAGCUGAGAAAAUGGCGAUUUUUGAAAAACUAGGAGAGGACUACCGAAAUGGUGGAUUUUUCGAUAGGUAUCUCAGAGCAGCAGAUCAGCCUGUCAAUGGGGAGGAUCAGCAAGAAGAGGAAACUUCCGGAGCUACUUCCGGCGAGGAGAUUUGGGGAACUCCCACGAGUGGAGAUAUGGACGAUAACUUGAAUUCUCCCAGUUAUGAGGACAAGCAAUCGCCAAAUGACGGAUCGAUAUCUUCUGAUUACGGAGACGACACUGAAAUCAUGAUGGACGAACUGCUGAUGACUCCACCUAUAACGGGAGCUAUAAUGCGUGGCCUACUGCCCAGAAGAACGUUGGAACCGCUUAUUGAAGAGGACGGAUCCGAAACGUCGACUUCCUCUUCGAUCGACUCCGUCACCGAUCCAUCGAUCUCACCCGAACAGGGCAGCGGAACUGGAAGUGCUGCUGACACAUGUUCGGCUGCUGCCGAAAGUCCGGCGAUGUCCGGCGCUACUCCGCCGGCCGCCGGUACGCCGCCGCCGGCGCCGGAGGCGGGGACAAGGAUGCGCCGGUCGGAAAGCUACCGGCGCAUCGUCGAAGCUGCAGAGAGCGAAGGAAGCUUCAGCUUCGAGCGAGACGCAUUUUUCUUCAGUCGGCUGAGGCCGGUGGCCAGGUUUGCAAGUAUUGAGAGGGCGUCUAGGUCAAAGAGUGUCAAAAUUUUUGAGUUUUUUAAUGUUUGCAAGCCAGAAAGAAGAAUUUACGAAAGGUUUCCCUAUGGUAGACAUCCGUUCAAAGUGUUCGAAAACAUCGAAGAACAUCAACCUAAUGAUUUCACUCCUGGCUCUCCAAAAAUAUUAAAGGACAAACAGAUGGACAGAAGAUUCUGGAAACAGCUAAGUCGUAGAAGAGGAUGCAAAGGAAAUAUUCCGGCCUAAUAAUAUUCAACUAUCAACAUACAAAAAUGAUAAAUAAACCUUAUUUUGUUUUUAUUCCAUUAGGAGUGAACUAGAUCAAUUAUUAUUAUGAUGUGCGUUUGGAUGCGAGUAUAGUAGGAAUGAAAAAUGUCUUGAAAUAUGAUUCAAAGACUAUUAUUAUAGUAAUUAUUAUUAUCAUUAUUUGGUUGAAUCUGAGAACUGGUCUUGAUAAGAUAACGAUAUCGGAAGAUAAGGAGGAAGACAAUACUCAUUAUAAAAUAAUGUGUCAAAACUGAAAAUUUUGACAAAUAUUACAGAAAUUCAGAAUGUUUCAUUGAUUGACAGACUAACGGGAUAGUUAUAGUCAGCUCUCUUCUACAGAGUAAGUCACGUAAAAUUGCUUACAGAGCUUAUUCUGAAAGACUUUUUCUGAUGAAGAUAAAAACAAAAAAAUACAAGUCAUAAUACAACAGUUCAACUUUCGUUUCGUUUUUUUUUUCAACUUUAACUAUUCGUCAAGUUUUUCUAGAAAGAUACUUUUAACUUUUGUUAAAAAAUUGGUGAACAUUCAACAAAAGAAAUAAAAGUGCUAUGGCUUCGGGCGAUUUUCAUUAGACACCCUGUAGAAUAGAGAUGAUACUUUUUAUUUUUCAUGAUUGAAAGACCUAACUAACUUCAUACUCAAGGCCUUGUUAACUAAAUUGGUACUAAGAAUGACUAAGUACCUAGUACCUACUUUAUACUAAGCUUUUAAAAAUAAUUGUUAUUGUCCAUUUUCAAGACUAUAAAUUAUUAUUAUUGUCAUUAAUAAUUAUUGUUCAGCUAGGUGAGAAUACUUUUCGAAAUUUUCUAGGUCUAGUUAAUGGUAAAACUGUAUAGAAAUUAAUCCGUCACACUCCAUUGUGAUAUCAAUACUGUUUUAUAUACCUAAUGUU